AGCCUUUGGAGCAUAAAUUAUCUGUAAUCUGUUACUUCAAUGCUGUUUCAAUUUUUAAUGGAUUCGUAAUUUAUUUACCUUUAUUUUAACGCAGUUUUAAAGUUAGUUUGUAAAGUUAUAUCACGUCCAUUGAAGACGAUAACAUAUAUAUUUUGUGAGAUAUGUAAAUUUACUUAAUAUAAAAUAUCUGACGCAGCAAACGGCGUUCAGUUCACAACUAUAUAAAUUUACGAACAGUUUUCCAAAUGAGUUGUUGUGAUAGAUAAUGGAUCCAAGAAUGUGUAGGAAAAUCAGUAGCAGCGAAAGUCUUCCAGAUGCUGAAAAUGUGGAAUAUGAAGUGUCAAAUAUCAUUGCACCUCAGGAAAGUGAGGAUAAUUUGCUUUUGGAGGGCAGCCCAGAACCACUAUCCGUGACCUGGCUGGACGACGAUCAAAUUGAUGAUUUAGAUCUUAAUUUAGACCAAACUAACCUAUUUUUUCAUAGGGUUGAUAGUGCAGAUAUAAUUUAUAGAAGCAAAAAGAAAAAAUGUAAAAUGGUAGGGAAAUAUGUAAUGGGUGAUAUAUUAGGAGAAGGUUCCUACGGAAAAGUUAAAGAGAUGCUAGACUCGGAGACUCUAUGUAGGCGAGCCGUUAAAAUAUUAAAAAAACGAAAGUUAAGGAGAAUUCCAAACGGAGAACAAAAUGUACAGAGAGAAAUUCAAUUAUUACGAAUACUUAGGCAUAAAAAUGUGAUAGAACUAGUCGAUGUUAUGUAUAAUGAUGAAAAACAAAAAAUGUACCUAGUUAUGGAAUUUUGUGUAGGUGUACUUCAAGAUAUGUUAGAAUCAAGUCCUGGUAAGAAAUUUCCUCAGCAUCAGGCUCAUGACUACUUCACCCAGCUGUUAGAUGGCUUAGAAUAUUUACAUGGACAAGGUGUGGUGCACAAGGAUAUUAAACCAGGAAAUCUCCUUCUGACUCUGGAUCAAACCUUAAAAAUUACAGAUUUUGGAGUUGCAGAGGCAUUGGACAUGUUUUCACCAAUAGACACAUGCUACACUGGUCAAGGUUCACCUGCUUUCCAACCUCCGGAAAUUGCUAAUGGAGCGGAAACAUUCUCAGGAAUUAAAGUGGAUAUUUGGAGCAGUGGUGUUACAUUAUACAACAUGACAACAGGGCGGUACCCGUUCGAGGGCGACAACGUGUACCGGCUGCUGGAGGCGAUCGGGCGCGCCGAGCCCGCGCCGCCGCCGCCCGCCGUGGGCGCCGCGCUCGGCCGCCUGCUGGCGCACAUGCUGCAGCGCGACCCCGCCCUGCGCCCCACCGUGCACGAGAUACGCCGCCACGACUGGGUGCGAGCAAUCCCGCCACUGCAGUCUGGAGAGAAGAUAGUAAGCCCUAGAUCUCGCCGCUCGGACGAAUUCCACAACUCCACAGUGAUACCCUACCUCGUUGAGAGGCACUACGCCUCAGCACAAGAGUACUUCACGGAGAGGGACUUGAGGCAUGAAUUGGGCGACGGUGGGUCGAGAACGAUGUCAACAGCGGAACUGUCGGACGCGGAGUCGAACCAAUGCAAGCGGCGCUGGCAUUCGUCCUGCGGUCGGCUACCUUGCCGGCUGACGUGAUGAUUUAUGCGUUUCACAGAAAAAUACCGAUGAUAACAUACACUAUUCGCUUAUCAGUGAACAAAUCUGGACUGGAAUGAGGAGAAAAUUAGAAAUUAAAGACUUCAGUUUAAUGUUUACGUGUCGUCGAGAAUUCAGAUGUUUGUGAAAACUAUUUAUUAUAAUGUAUGCAAAAAUAAUGGUACGGGUAUUUUUAAAAAUGUUAGAGCACGUGUUGAUUUCGAGCGCGAAUAAUAAAAAAGGAAAUGUCGAACAUUCGUGGUGUGUUACACUGUUAGACAACGAGUCUUUAAUUUCUACUUAAUAAAAUUAAAUGUUAUCCGUGAGGAUCAAUUCUGUUUGAAGUUUACAUUAUUCACUUUGAUGAUAUAUGUCUGAAUGUUUAGAAUAAAACCGCAGAAUUAUAUUUAUAAUACGGGUCUACUUCCUCAUACGAAAUUGUAAUAAAUUCUUAUUUCAAUAUAAUCCUACGUCGUAGAACUAUUAUACGGUAUUUUUCUGGAUCUGACGCGAUUUAAUGAUGCUAUUCACCAACCACAAAGAGAUGCAUUUAUAUUAAUAACAGAGUUGUAAAAAGUGUCUCUUUCGUUCGGUAUCGGAAUUGAGUUAAUUAGAUGUUUGCUGAAAUACUUAAUUUUCGUGUUAAUAGAUGCGACCUACAAUAAUAAUCACAAAAUAUAAUAGUUAUUGUCGUUCAUUCGAAUUAUCCUCACUAACAAGCAGAUAUCUUAAUUGCAAUGUGAUAUGUAUGAAUCCUCUAUAAUGACGAAUGUGCCUGGUGAAAUGUUUGAGUGUGGCACGGUUUUGAUGAGAUGUCACAAACAUUGUCAUAAAGCAGAAGUUGCAUUUCGCUACAGUUCAAUAAACCCAUAGCAAAGGUGUUCCCACCAAUGACAUUAUAAUAUUGUUGAAUCUCACAUACGUUCCUGUCGCAUCGCGCACGCCAUCUUAACUCCUCCACUUGCAUAUCCCGACACUUAAUUAAACGUGUUCUAGAUACAAAUUUAACAAGUAUAUAUGAACAAAAUGUACCGACAAUAAUAUUUAAAAGAGAUUGAGGCAUAUAUUUUCUUAAACUUCUAUUGUAUCAUUACGGUAGUGAAAUGCUUCUUCCGUGUUCUAAAUGUGUAAGAAAUAGGACGAACACUAUGCACUUCCAUUUUAUCCGCACCGUUGUAGUUCCACAGUAUUUUGAUGUUAUAGUUUUUAGUUCUUUAAAUUUUAGCUUUGAUUUUCUCAUUUAGGUUCUGAAUUUCGUUUGCAAAAAUCACGACGUGUAAUGAAAAUGUACGUAAUUAUAAAGAAGUUUUCGUUUCUUGCAUGCUUUUUCUUGGAGUUAAUAUUAAAAUAUAAAUGAUGUCUUUAAAUGGACCUUUUUAUUGAUGCGUUGAUUUCAUUACAUGUUUCAUUUGUAUACGAAUUUAUUUUUUAUUUGUUUAUUUCAAUUUAGCAAACGGAUGCUCCUAGUGUGAUUAAAAAGUACAAGUUUUAUGCGUUUGAAAAGAUUUAAAGUUUUUAUCUAGUGUCCAAAUCUUUGUUUUAGAAACGCUCAUGUUUUCAUAUCAAAUUCUUCAAAAAUUUUAUCUCCUAGAGUACCUUAUUGCAAUAUGUAUGUAAAGCGGGGACCUCACUUUUUACGUAUAUUUUUAUAUUGCCUUUUAGUAAAAUUUUGUUAGUGUGUAGAUAUAGUAUUAAAUCAUGAAACAAUAAUGUUUUGGUGAGUCGAAAAUUAGAGGUACGUUAAAUAGCCUCCGCCUAUACUCCGCCAUAAAUAUAUUUCGAACACAGCAGUUUAACAAAUGCUUUCUCACAUUUCACAUGCAUACACUGACAUAAACUAAAUAUAAACUAAAAGAAUUUGAACCGUACUGAAUAGAAGUUUUAGAGCUAAUUUUUCAACUUCCGGAGUUUAGAAUGCGAUUGCUCAUGCAUUCUUUUGAAUUUUUUUUUUUAACAGUUCUGUCCAGAUUUUGAUAGUAACGAAUUGAGUAAGCUGUAACAUUUUUAUCUGGAGAUAUGUUUAAUGGUUUGUAAGCAACACUACGAUAUUGUAUUUGUUAAUGAACAACUCGUAACAUUCAACGAUAUAGUUGAAUAUCCAUUUAAUAUAUAAUGGUUUAUUUAUGUAUAUGUCAAUUACUGCUUGGUUUGUUGUUAAGGGUAGUGCUAAUUGAUAUAUUUCAUUCUAUGAUAUGAUACUUUAGUUUGUAUUUGGUAGAAAAUAUUUUUCACUGAUUUUCUGCACUUUGUCGCGUCAUUGUAGAUGUGUGGCGUAUGAUUCAUUAACAAAGAACUAAAUAUCCGGGUAUUUUGUAGUUUUAACAUUAAAUGUUUUGCGCUAUAUUAUGUUUGUGCAAUAAAUCGAAAAUUGUUGAUGCAAUUAUAGUUUUAGGUUUAGAUUUUAAUACUUUGAUGCGAAGUUGGUAUGCGUUGGUAUCAACGCAACGCUGUUUUUUCAACAUCAGUUUGUUUUCACUUUGUAUUUAAUUAAUGUAAUAUGAAAGUAAUCGUUUUUUAUAUUUUCUGUUCAAUCUGUUUAGUUGACUCGGCUUAUACUUAAUUGUUAUAUGCACAUAAAGCAUUGACACUAAACACAUAAACGCGUAUUUCGAAAACAAACAUGGUUUAUAAAUCAUGUUCCAUAAAAGGCGUAUCAAUUCGCAAUCCUUUAUAUUUAUUGAGAUUAAUGCGCAGAAGAUCUCCUCUCGCCAAAGGCGUAUGUAGCAAAACUCAUAGUAAUAGUUGUAAAUCGGUUAAAAAGUGAGGUCCCUUAUGUUACCUACAUUAUUCAGUGUAAUGUAGAACUGAUGUAUAUGCAGUGCCUGAACUGAUGUUGAGCAAUGUUUAACAGAAUAAAUACAGAGAAUAUUAAUAUAUUGUAAAUAAAAUGUCCAAAUAACAACGA